AUGCCCUUUUCAAUUGAUAACUACCUAAAUCCAUACUACCCCAGUUCAAUAAUCCCCCAGAUCCCUUCAAAGCUAGUUCAAAGGGUUUUAGGACAUCAUAAAGAUUUAAAAUCCAAAGAUUCAUCAAUCUUACUAUACUUGGACAUCUUGAUUGGUUCAUUUGUUUCAAUCUUAUUAAUUGAAGGAGUUUUCAAACAUUCUCAUGUAUUUAUACAGCAUCAUUCACCUAUAAUUAUAGCAUCUUAUGGAGCUUCAGCAAUCCUACUAUUCAAUGCAAAUACUGCUCCGUUAUCACAACCAAGAAACAUAAUAAUGGGACAUUUCCUAAGUGCAUUGGUUGGAGUGAUAUUACAAAAAUUGUUUGAGUUAAGUUCUAAUGGACGUGAUCAUUUAUAUAUCGGUGGGGCUCUAAGUGUUGGUAUAUCAAGUGUUGUUAUGAGUAUUUUCAACUGUGUUCAUCCUCCUAGUGGUGCUAGUGCGCUUAUGCCAUUAGUUGAUGAAGGGAUCAGAGAGAUGGGGUGGUGGUAUUUACCUGCACAUUUGAUAAGUAGCGUUUUGAUGGUUUGUGUUGCAUGUAUAACGAAUAAUAUUCUGAGGAAAUAUCCUCAAUAUUGGUGGACUUCUUAUAAAAAGGAGGCUAUUAAAGAUGAUGAAGAGAUGCAAGAGAUUAAGAAAAUUGAGCCUGAAAGAUCAAAUAAUGAAACUAUUGCUGUUAAAUCUAAUGAUAAACAAUUAAAGACUAGUAAUUUUGGUAAAAUUGAAAUAACAAGUCAUGAAUUAAACAUACCUGAUGAAUUAGCAUUAACUUUUGAGGAAUUAGAUCUUCUACAUGGGAUAAGAAACAGAUUAGCAUCACAUCAUCAUAAUAAAAAUCAACCUAAAGAUUGA